AUGGCUCUGAACGCGUCGAGAUCAAAAUGGCGAAGGAUUUCUGAUCAAAACGACGUCUCUUCAGUUGUAAGCGGCCUCAUAGCAGAUGCUGACCCAGAAUUGUGUGUUAAGUUACUGAAAACACCGUCGCUGAAGAAUUUUUCUGGCAUCCGUCCGCGACUCGAAAAGGCAAGCAAGGAAUGGCUAAGUGAAUUUCUUAAUCUCGGCGGAUUCGACUGUUUAUUCGAUGGUCUAACGUCGCUAUCUUCUAGAAAUGGACUGAAGUUCACAGAAGCUCUUGAGCAAAUCGAGUGUGUGAGAUGUAUAAAAGCAGUUAUGAAUUCGUCGGUUGGUUUGGAAGUUAUGACCGCGAACAACGAGUUAACUAGAUCACUGGUUAAAGGUAAGCGACUUGAAACUUACAGCAAUAGUCCUUGGGCCCGGGUUACAGAUUCCGUCGAGUAUCUUCAUGUUGUGUAA